AUGCUAGACCUCCUCAUAAUCGGCGCCGGCUUCUCUGGCCUUCAAGCCGCAGUCACCGCCCAAAAAGCUGGUCUAUCCAUCGCCAUCCUCGAAGCUCGUGACCGAGUUGGCGGUAAAUCCUGGACUGUUCCCCUCAAAAACACAAAUGGUAAAGCAGAUCUCGGCGCAGCUUGGGUCAACGAUGAACUACAGCCCCUCGUUUGGUCGUACAUCCAACAAUUCGGACUUACGGAUCAAAUCGUGAAGCAGAGACUUGGCCAUAAGGCUGUGGUGGUCAGUGCAGAUGGGGAGAGGAUUGAGUUCCCUUUUGGAAUUACGCCAGAUUUUACGCCUGAGGAGAAGAAGAACCUUGAAAUGGUGAGAGAUCAUAUUCAGGCUGAGUCUUUGAAGCCUCAUGGCUUUCGGAAAGAGGAUGAUCAGAUCAGUUUAGAUCAAUAUGUUCGGAAUCUCGGCGGGGGUCCCAAGACUCUUGCGAUGGUGAACCUUUGGGUGAGGGUGAUGCAUGGUCUUGAAUCGACUGAAGAGUCUGCGGCGUGGUUCAUCGAAUAUUGCCGUACAAACCAUGGCCUUCUAGCUAUCCGAGCAGAUGACCGUACAGGCGGUAAUUACAUGCGUCUCAAAUCUGGAACACAAUCCAUCGCCCAGGGAAUCGCUCACCUCAUCGGCCAUGAGAACAUCCACCUCUCAAAUCCCGUUUCCUCAAUCGAACAAACCAAAGCCGGUGUUACCGUGAGAACAACAACUGGAAAGGCCAUAAAGGCCAAGAAACUAAUCAUCUCGAUGCCUUCGGCUCUGCUCAAAAAACUCUCCUUCUCACCCUCUUUACCUGAGCGAGCACAGGAGGUAUACAACAACACAAAGCUAGGUCAUUAUAACAAAGCUAUUGUAUUUUACAGUAAACCUUGGUGGCGCGAUGGUGGCUUCAAUGGCUUUUUUAUGGACUUCCGCGGCCCAGCCUGCGUUGUACGCGACACCUCUUUCGACGACGAAGGGAUCUACGGGUUCACCUGUUUCGUGAACGGUCAACCCGGUGAAGAAUGGAGCAGAAGGACACCCGAGACGCGGAGAAAGAUAAUUCUUGAUCAACUGGCGCACGCUUUCGGGUCGUCGGAAGCGUACAACCCGCUUGAGUUUGUGGAACAGGUCUGGCAGAAUGAGGAGUUUAGUCGUGGUGCUCUCGCACCUGUUACCAAGAUUGGACAUCUAGCCAAGUAUAGAGAUGUUUAUGGUAAGCCGGUGGGCAAUAUUUAUUUUGUGGGAACGGAGUAUGCGACGCACUGGAAGGGAUAUCUUGAGGGUGCUUUGACAUCGGGACAUGCUGGGGCGAAGGAGGUGAUUGAGGCGCUGAAGGAUCAAUCUCUGCAGGCAAAGCUCUAA